CUGGGGACAGUCUUGAGAUAGAAACAUGUCAAAUGACACAGAAAUAACGUGCAGCUAUGGACAUUCUGCCGGUGAACUUUAAAGUUCUAUGGUUUUGUGGUGCGUGGAAAGAACGAAAAGACGAUAACAUCGUUGUUGCUUGCCUACACUCCUGCUACAAAUAUGCAAUUUUCUUUCUAAUAUAUCAGUUCACGAUAUUUGAGGUAAUAGAAGUUAUUCGCACGCGUGAUCAAAUCAAUGAGUUAACAGAAGGACUCUUUCUGGCAUCGACUUAUGUAACAUUAUGUCUGAAGUAUGCAAAUUUUUUGCUACGAAAGAACGAUAUAUCGAAAUUGUUGGAUUGUUUGCGCGUAAAAAUGUGUCAACCCAGAAAUUUGACGGAGAAGAUGAUAAUAGAGACGCACAGUCGAAAAGCUAAAUGGAGUUCUCUUAUCUUCUUAUUCAUGUCGCAAGUCACUGCUAUGGGUUUCAUGAUCAUACCAAUUCUGGGAUUCGGCAAGGAUGAAUGGAUCUUGCCCACGAAAGCGUACGUUCCUUAUUCAGUUUCGGAAGUAUUUCCAUAUGUGGCGACGUAUCUACAACAAAGUGCAGCGCUGUUUUAUGCAGUUAUGCUGAACGUUUCAUUUGACUCCCUUGUUUAUGGUUUCACCAUUCACGCCUGCGGACAGAUCGAGCUGAUUUGUCGUCGAUUAUCAGAUAAUAUUAGGGCCUCGGUAAAUUUUAAGAAAGGAUCGGAUACGAAUACAUCGAUUGAAGAAUGCGUCAGGCAUCACGUACUUGUGCACACUUUUGUGAAGAAAGUAGGAGCGCUAUUCAUUUGGACAGUCAUGGUUCUCUUUCUUUUUAGUCUGAUUAUUCUCUGCACCAGCAUUUUUUUGAUAUCAAAGACAAAACUCUUCAGCAUAGAGUUUCUUUCUUUGAUAUUAUAUUUUAUCAGUAUGAUGCUGCAAGUAUUUCUUUACUGUUGGUAUGGGAACGAACUCGAGUUGAAGAGCAAAAGCAUCGCAAAUAGCAUUUAUUUUAGCAAUUGGACAUUAACCACGUUGCGAGAGCGCAGAUCUUUGAUACUUAUUAUGAUAAAUAGUCAGAGAGGAUUGAUGUUUUCCAAUAAUAGAAUGUUUUCAUUAUCUCUAGAUACUUUUACCUGGAUUUUUAAAACGUCGUACUCGGCUUUUAAUCUUCUGCAGCAAGCAUCAAAUUAA